AGAGAAUAUGAAGAAAAUGGCCAUUUCCUUCGCAUAUAAGAAAUCAAUAGUGGAAGGAAGAGUAAGAACAAUUGAAUGAACGAAUAGCACAGAAAUUGGCAAUCAUUAUAAUACAAAUGAGAGACGGAGAUGAAAAGGGUGGAGCUAUGGAGUACAGGCACAGAGAUGGGCAAAUCACUUGUGCUGACAUGGAUUCCACCUCAGCUUUCUUCCCUUACGUGGCCGGAUCCUAUUGGUUACCAACGCUGCAACAUUGAAGGGUGAAGGGUGAGUAAGGAAUGUUCUUGGGUGUUGAAUGAAUCCAGCACGCCUACAGAUACCCACCGUCAGUUCAUUGUGUGUUUUAGCUGAGCCAAAACACCACAGCACAUAUCUCCCACGCAUUUAUACGCCCUUUGAAGAGGUCCAUCUGCAGUUGCUAAGGAAUAAAUGGUUAGAUUUGAUAAAAGAGGUCCACAAACACCGUUUGCUUACGCCUCCAUGAUCGAGCCAGAAGCGUAAUGCAGGCGAAUUUUCUAUUGGGGCCAAUCCCCAUCCCCAUUUCCUCUUCCUCCUCUGCCAUCAGUUUCUACUCCUCACUCAUCGCCAAUUCUCUUCGCCGCACUUACUCCUGCAACCCCUAUUCCAAAUCAACCAAUCCCCUUCCUCGAUCCACUCCCAUCGUCGCUUCUUCGUCCACCGCCAUUGACGGCGACCGCAACCAUUACCAGGUACUCGGCGUCCCUCGCGCUGCCUCCUCCAAGGAGAUCAAGAAAGCUUUUCGUCUGCUCGCUCGCAAGUACCAUCCCGAUGUUAGCAAGGAUUUGCGAGCUGCUGAUGCCUUCAAGAGCAUACGACAUGCAUAUGAAGUAUUGGCUAAUGAAGCGACAAGAGCUCAGUAUGACCAAGCAUUGAAGCUUCAAGAAAGUACUGACAGGCGAUACAGAGGAAAGUGGUAUUAUAGUCCUGAUUUUGAAGAAAGAUCGAGAAGCUAUAGAUGGGCUGAACUGAAGCAAAAGAGACAGUAUGAGAGAGAUCAGAAAUAUUAUAGAUUCCAAGAGGAUUUUUCCCACAUUGAUGAAGAUGAGGAGGAGGAAGGAAGCAGCAGCAGCAGCGAACUCAGAAGCCCCUUUGUCGAAGUGCUGAAAACAACAUUUUUGUCUUUGUUUCUACUUCAAACGUUCGGCUCCCAGUUGUCCCUCACCUUUAGCGGCCUGGUGGUGUUGUUCGACUGGAAGUUGGACGCGGGGUAUAAGAUGGGACAUCUAGUGGCAUGGCUGCUGGGUGGAAGAGCUGGUGUUUUACUAGCCAUAUGUCUCUCGUUUGCAAGCUGGGUGUGUGGGAAAAGUAGCAGCAGUGCAGUUGCUGUUGUGGUAGUGGCUAUGUGGGUGGGAUCCAAUCUUGCAAGAUAUGCACCACUUCCUCAAGGGGCUGUUCUCACUCUUCUCUACAUGUCCAUCAAGCUUCAAGCUGAUUUCAACUGAAGUUUAAACUUAGCUGCAACAGCUAAGGUGUACAAAUGUGUCGUGUUCGAACCCUGCACAUAAUGUGGCGAUGGAUGAAUAUCUGUUGUUUUAUUGAUUCUCAUAGCCUUGGGAUCAAGGAUUUAGGGGCCAUUUGAGCAAGUUUAUGUUUGUUUCUCCUUUUUUUAAUGAUAAUCUUUCUUGAUUCUA